GGGGCCGGGAUGAGGCCGGGCUGGAGCCGCCCCCGAGCCGGGCUGGAGCCGCCCCGCUCCGUCCCCGCUCCGUCCCCGCUCCGUCCCCGCUCCGUCCCCGCGAUGUCGCCGCGCUCCGCCCGCCUGGCGCGGCUGUCGCGCUCCGUCACCUUCAGCGCCUGCCACCGCCUGCACAGUAAAUCCCUGAGUGAUGAGGAGAACCUGAAGCUGUUUGGGAAGUGCAACAAUCCAAAUGGCCACGGGCACAACUACAAAGUUGUGGUCACCGUGCGUGGAGAGAUUGACCCAGUCUCGGGGAUGGUGAUGAACCUGACAGACCUGAAGGAAUACAUGCAGGCAGCAAUCAUGGAGCCACUGGACCACAAAAACCUGGACAAGGAUGUGCCCUACUUCUCUGAGGUGGUGAGCACCACAGAGAACGUUGCUGUGUUCAUCUGGGACAACCUCCAGAAGCUGCUGCCCCAGGGGAUCCUUCACAAGGUGGAGGUGCAGGAGACAGAGCAGAACGUGGUGGUUUACAAGGGAGAGGAAACCAUUGUGAAGUGAGAUCAGCCUCAGCUCAGCUGCUCAGGAGAGAUGCUCCAGAACCAGCUCAGCACCUCCUGCACCAGCCCUGGCUUCUGUGCACAUCAGGACACUGCAGAUGUUUCACAAGGACCCUCUCAGCUCUUUGCCCAUCUCUGUUCUCAGCAUGGGCUGGUUCCUCUGCUUUCUCUCAAGACCUUCCUGUUUUGCCAAGCUGAGCCACCCAGCUGAUGUGAAAUUUAGAGUUGUGCCCUGGUAAAUAAAGCAGCUUUGGAGAGAG